CUCAAACUCAAACUGAGCACUACCUCAUCGUUUUGGAAUAGAGAGUAAAAUAGUUAGUUCUUCAUUCCUUCUUUCACUUCAAACCAGCUGAAAACAUGGUGAGAGCUCCUUGCUGUGAGAAAAUGGGGUUGAAGAAAGGGCCAUGGACUACUGAAGAAGACCAGAUUCUCAUCUCCUACAUCCAAACUUACGGUCAUGGAAAUUGGCGAGCUCUGCCUAAGCAUGCUGGCUUGUUGAGAUGUGGGAAGAGCUGCAGGCUCCGGUGGAUAAACUAUCUGAGGCCGGAUAUCAAGAGAGGAAAUUUCAGUAGAGAAGAAGAAGAUGCCAUCAUCAAUUUGCAUGAAAUGCUUGGUAACAGAUGGUCAGCAAUCGCAGCAAGAUUACCAGGAAGAACUGAUAAUGAAAUAAAAAAUGUAUGGCAUACCCACUUGAAGAAGAGACUAAUUAAACGAGACAACACCACAUCACCAACAUGUAGCACUUCCAAUCUCACAGGCCAAUAUGCAGAGCCUGAAUGUGUGAAUUUUGAGAGUACAACAAGUCAUGCGUCAAUGUCACCACAACCAAGUUCUAGUGAAGAUGUUUCAUCAGUCACUGAAGCCUCAGCCGCAACCGGUCAGAACAUGAUAAAAGAUGAAAAGAUUGAGUUGGAUGCAACCUUCUCCGAUUUCGAUGACAGUUUCUGGUCAGAGGCACUUUCAGCUGACAAUUCCGGCGACAUCCCAUUAGAGUUUUUGGAGGGCACAAAUGAUCAAGCACAACCUGAACUUCCAUUCCCAUCGAACAUUGGUGAUGGCAUGGAGUUUUGGUACGACCUUUUCAUCAAAGCUGGCCAUGGGGGCACACCAGAACUACCAGAGUUUUGAAUUAUUUCUUUCUUAAUUAUUUGGCGGUUAGAGAAGUUUACAGUUUAAACAUGGUAUUAGGAAUUGACCGUUCCUUAACACUAGUAAGCAUGGAAAUUUCCAAUGCGGGGCAAAAAGUUGUCUACCUUUGCCAAAAGCUUGAGUUUGAUGCAUUGACGAAGAAGCUACAGAGGACAUAUAUAUUGUCUACAAACGACUGAGAAGGAAUAAAGGGAGAGGCAAAAAUAUUGACUCAGAAAAUUUUUGUAUAGGUUUGGAGCUAGUUAUUUAGAUUCAGAGUGAUUGUGAUGAUAAUUCUCCCUUUUUUUUAAAAAAAAG